UAAGGGAAUUCGCUGCCUUCGAGAGUUUUGCGUUUAAAUCCGUUUCUCAAAGUUUGCAUUUGCCACAUGCCUUCGGUUUGGUUAUAGCUUGUAACAUAUGCCUUGCAUGGUGGAGUACCAAACAAAACUCAUUUUUGGAAAUUGGUGAAUAACCAUAUAAAACUCAAUUUGGAAAUUGGUGGAGAGCAAAAUAAUUAGAAGUUUAGUUCGAGAGUUUCCUCUUCCCAUAUGAAGUUAUAAGUGGAUUGGCAGUUCUUGGAUAAGGCUCUUCCCAUUCGUAAGCCGUAAUUUGUGAUGGCAUUAUGAAUUUUUUCGAAGCCAAUUUGUUUUCUUAAACAUUUAAGUGGGCGAUUUAGCCCUAAACAAACACAAAUAAGAAAGUUAAGUAGGUAUAGUAAUAAUUUGGUUUGGUCGUUAAAACUUUCCAAAACAAUUUUCACUAAAAUCUGUUUUAUAAAAUAUAUUUGGUCAAUAACUGCACAAAAAAUAUUAAAAACAAUAAGUUUAGUAAUAAAUAGUUUACUAUCUACAAAAUACAAGUUUUGGAGAUAUAAUGUCGGUACCAGUUAAACGUAAACGUGGAAGGCCACGUUUAGAUGAACCGAAGGAAAUUAAAGAUUUUGACAAUAACCUUAUUCUUGAAUUUAAAAAAUGUCCCGCUUUUUACGAUCGGCAACAUCCUCAACACCGCAAUCGGGAGUACACGGAUCGUGUUUGGCACCGUAUAGCUCAAAAUCUGAAUGUAUCGGCUAAUCUUGUAAAGACACGAAUGCUGCAGCUUCGAAAUCGCUUUAAUUUAGAAAAACGACGCGUCGAAGCUAUGAAGGAGCAACAACCUCGCAGUUCCGUAGCAUCACACUGGUCCCUUUAUGAAAGAUUAUCAUUUCUCAGUGAUUAUGUAAAAACUCGUCGUCCCUAUUCUCUGCCAAUAAGCUGUAACACUAAAGCUGAUUCUACAGCUUCAUCUAGUGAUAUUGAUGAAGAAGAAAAUGAAGAAGAGGAUGAAGGCGCAAAAACGCAGGAGAGUGCCAUAAGUUCUAAUCAGAUAUUAACAAAUGGUAAUCUGUCCAAUAAUAUCCGAAAUGCUGAUGACUUUUCUACUAAUGAAAACAAUUUGGCUACUGAAAUCGGAACUUCACAAGUUAAUCGAACUUCACAUCAUCGACUGGAGGCAGCCAAUGACUUUGGAAACAAAUAUAAAGCAUUUGGUCAGUUUUUGGCAUCUUCGCUUAUAGAGAUGAACGAGAUUCAAGCAUUGGGUUUGGUAGAAAAAUUCACUACGGAACUUGUAAAAUACCUGAAAACUGAGGAAAGAAAAAAGGAGUUGAUUAAGUCAUCUCAAAUCAGUAAUACAGGUGGAGAUGAUGAAAAUAGUUUAACGGUUUAUUGAUGUACAUUGUGUAAAUAAAAAGGAUAAUGAAAAACAUAAUAAAUAAACGAAGAGAAUUUACUAUGAA